CUCUUCACCGAAAAGAAAAACCACGUAUAGGAGGGAACAGCCGCAGGAUCUGAGAUACAACGGCUGAAAGUCGGCAAAUACUAACAUAUAAAAGAGUCUCCAUGGGAUCUCUGGACCUAAGCUCAGGAUCAGAAGUUGUUACCAUUCAUGUUAAUGAAGCAAAAAACUUGCUGCAGUCAGGCUACCGUUACAUCGAUGUCAGGACAGUGGAAGAAUUCGAGAAGGGACAUGUGGAAGCAGAGAAUAUUCUUAACAUCCCAUACUUGUUCAUCACACCAGAAGGUAGGGUGAAGAAUCCUGAGUUCUUGAAGGAGGUUUCAUCUCUUUGCAAGGAGGAAGAUCGUCUCAUAGUGGGCUGCCAAAGUGGGGUGAGAUCCCUUGCUGCAACCGCUGAUCUUCUUAAAAUUGAUUUUAAGAAUGUGCACGACAUGGGAGGAGGUUAUCUUGCUUGGGUGGAGAACGGGCAUCCUAUAAAAAUGGAGGAACCUAAGAAGGUACAGGAGCCUGCAAUAGUAGAAGACAAGCCAAAUGAAGAGCUGUGAAUGGUGAUUGUUUGUUUGCCAGUUGUUGUCAUCUUGUUCGCCGUGCAGCAAUUCUAGUAACUUAUAAUGCCGCAUGUAAUUUUCAACAGGGUACCUGCAAAUUUACUAUUAUUUCCCCCUUCUAUCUCUAUGGAUUUGACCCCUCCUUAAUUUGCAACCGCAUAUGUUAAAUUAUUAAUGAAAACCGUGCUUCACGCUUUUUGGCUACAA